AUGUACUACCAUUUGCCGGCCUUUUCCAAUUUUUCAAACGAAAACCAAGAGUUUCAAGAGUCCUUUGCCGAAGUUGAAAAACCCGUUCCACCUGGAUCUCCGAGUAAGUUUGCAGUUUAAUUUUCAUGGCCAUUCAUUCCAUAUUUCUACAGCCUACAGUUCCCAAUGUGCAACUCUCAGGUUUUGAUGACACUUGGCAAAAAUUUAGAAUGAUUUUUAGUAAAAUAUAUGCGAUGUUUUCAAGCUCGCGCUUUUCAAAAACGACCGAGGUCUAUAGGUCAAAAGUUGGAAAAAAUGUGACACUUUUUUGCGAACUUUUUGUAUGAAUGGUUUUGCAGCUAUUUCUACGACUAGGCCCGGUUUUGUCCCCAGGACGUUUUUGUCCCCAGGACGUUUUUGUCCCCACUUUUUUCGAGCCUUUUUGUCCCCAGACCGGUUUUGUCCCCAGGACGUUUUUGUCCCCAAGCUGGAUAGUGCAAUUAAAAAUUAUGCAUUCAAAUGUUAAUGCUGUUGGUUUGGUGCCCAGUACUGCUCAAACAACAUGUUCUUAGCGCUUGGUACUGUAUAGUACGAGGUGGUACUAUAUAGCACGAGGUAAAAAUUAAGCCAUAACACGUUAAUGCUGUUGGUUUGAAGCCCCGCACUUCUCAAAAAUGUGUUUGUAGCGCUUGGUACUGUAUAGUACAAGGUGGUACUAUAUAGCACGAGGUAAAAAUUAAACUAUAUUGCGUGAAAGCCGUUGUUUUGGUAUGCAGUACUGAUCAAACGUUCAUUUUGUGCAAAAACAAAUUCGUGCUAUAUAGUACCAUGUGCUAAAACACAUUUUUGAGAAGUACUGGGCUUCAAACCCAUAGCAUUGACGUGUUAUGGCUUAAUUUUUACCUCGUGCUUGGGGACAAAAACGUUCUGGGGACAAAACCGGGGCGGGGACAAAAACGUCCACUACGUAUUUCUACCGUAGUUCCAACAAAAAAAAAUUAUUUUUUUUCAAGCGAAACCCAAAAAUUCGCGGUGACGAAGUUGAAAACCUUGCAAUUUUCGAUGGCACAGUGCAAAAAAUUAAAUUCACAGUGCGGAAAAUUGGCGACAAAAAGGCUACGCGCAGUUUGACGUGCGCUGCAACAAAUAAAGACCCGGCCGGCAGACUGUUCCCGACUUUCUCGCAAAUAUCCUUGAGGAAAUGCCACUGCAGGGUUAAUGAGACGAUUAAUCUUCCCAACUUUCCAAUUAAUUGGCCCCGAAAUUAGCAGGUCUGAUAAAAAUAUUCCGAUUAAACAUUUAGCGUUCUCCUACACUUUAAUUAAGUCAUCGCUAAAUUUAACGCGGGAUUAGCCAAAUUAACCAAAAUUGUCACCGAAUUGUAAUUAGUUUCCUCGGACAAAGACGGUUAAAUUUGGAAGUGCCGAAGGGCAGGAUUUGAGGGGGGCUUGCAUGGAGCCGGUACUUUGACUUUUUAAUUAUGCUAAUUUUAAUUAAUAUUUGUGUAAUUAAAAUUUUUAUGGAGAGGCUUACUGCCGGAUUUGUAAAGGUCAAAGUUUAGGGAUUGAUGGGCCUUGGGUUUGGCUUCAACGGGCCGCUACUAAAUAUAUACGCUUUUUCCAAGGUUUUUGUACUGUGCAACUGUCUUCCCCGCUCUCAAACUCCUCGGCGACGUAGUUGAAAAAGGCUUGCGUCGCGGCGAUAUACCAACUGCAGAGUUUUAAAUAUCGGAUACACGGUGCAGGAUGCGGAUUUUUGCCGGCAAAAAAAUUAUACGCGCUUUUAGGAUAGAACAAAAAAAAUUGUCGUAGAUAAACAGUACCAUAAAAGCUCUGUUUAAAGGGUCAAAAGAUUGGCCCGUUGUACAGAGUCAUCUUUUUACGGAGGCUCAUUUUGGCCUAAAACUGAGCUUUGUGGGUUCCGAAACUGUUUGUUGUGGACAAGGUGUGUUGUACAGAAGUUUCACUGCGUUUCAGCGGCCUAUCCGAACCGUUAGACCACGAGCUUUAUUGUCAGUCUGUGGGGAAAAUAAUGAGCACUCUGUCGCAUCGAAAAUCGCAUCGCCGCCGAGAACAUGAAUUGUCUUGCGGCAAAAUCAAAUCGCUUUUCAUUUUAGCGAUGCGAUUGGCGCAGCUCAUUAUUUUUUCGACAGACUGAUCUUCUCUUUGUCUACUCGCUAUGACUUUUCUUACUACAGCGUUGCAGGCUAUAGGCUACCAUAUUUUGCCUCUAUAUCCAAUGAGAGUUCAUACUCGCCUCCUGAAAUUCCAAAACCUUUCGUUUCUCUCAAAACAUGACACAAUCAUCCGUUUCAAAACCCACAAUACGCACUUCCCUUCAUUUUUACCGUCAUCCACUUAGGCCCGAAAUCAUACCCCUUCAAACCCAACAUACACAUAGUACCGUACAAUCACAAGUCCACACACUUGCUCCUCGUAACCGCCUCGGGAAUUAGAGCGUUCGUCUCUAAAUUCGUCGCUGUGACUAAUGCGAUUAUAAAGUGUGUAAAACGGCGUGUUUACAACAAACCAUACGUAGGGCCGGCCGGCGGGAUUAGCGCCGCGCUACUGUACACAUUCAGGUGUAGAAAGGGGGCGGGGCGGAUUUUCGCGGAUUUUUUGGUUGAGAUAUAAUUCCGACAUUACAAUUGAAACUAGUGUUUGGCGGGCGUCGAAAGCCGUGACGAGCCGACAUUCUAAAGAUCGACCGCGCUUCGAGGUGUUUAUUCGCAUUUCUAAUGGUAUUUGCGGCGAGUUGCACGGUCUAGAGUACUUGCUUUUGCUACGAAACAUUGCUUGUUUUUGAGCUAUUAAUAUGGAAUUUGAGGGGAAUUUGGAUUAUGAAGAUGGAUGUAUGUCCGAUCCUACGGCAGGUAUAGAAUUUGAAAGCGUUUUUUGGAGUGAAUUUUUAUUAGAAACGCGGAAACGUGACUUUGAUGAAAUUUGGGGCAGAAUUUUUUUGCGGAUAUUAGGAUAGAUGAUCUCUUGUUCAAUAUUUUUUGAAAUAUAUGUAUAACAGUCUGUCGGGAAAAUAGUGAGGGCAAUUUCGCCGCGCUAAUAGCGCGCUGAAAUGAAAGCAACUUUUUUAAAGUUCAUUUUCUCGGCGGCUAUGCGAUUUUCAAUGCGACAGAGCGCUCAUUAUUUUCCCGACUGACUGAUGAAAAACGCCGAAAAUAAGAUAAUUUCUUUGGUAUUUUUGAAUAGAAAAUUAGUGUUGUGUUAUGUUGGAGACGUGGUCUAUCAGUCUGUCGGAAAAAUAACGGCGGAUCGUCGCAGCAAAAUGUCUCGCCUCGCCGCUGUCGCGCACCAAAUCCCAUGUCGCGGCUUGCAGUCGCAAAGCGAUGAUGAGCGACUCCGAGGCGCGACGAUCCGCCGUUAUUUUCCCGACAGACCGAUACUACGCUUUUGAAGAGCUCGAAGACUUUUUUGCGGCGCACAUUAUGUAUAUUUUGCUCUUCUUGAUCUGUGCAACGGUUUACGCGCGUAAAAAUCGCGUCUGUUGAAAAGAACUUACGUUGAAUUUUUGCGAAAUGCAUAUUGCGAAAAGCUUUGCGACAAAAAGUAUACGCACUUUAGAAAAACCGUAGUAUUCCCUUCCUGCCAAAAAUCGACUUCUUUUGAAAGACACAAUCAAAAAGUUUUUUCUCUGACCGUCUCUCUUCACACACUUUUUCCCUUUCGCCUGUAAAGACAAUGACAUAUUUUGACUCAAUCUGCAAAGCGCGUACUAAAAUAAACGUCUGGCAGUCGUUGUUUUUUCAUGACGUUGUUAUCUUGCAACCACUCUUUUAUUCGACAUUCCAAUUGCUGAAAUUCCAAAUCCUUGGCUCAUAGUCAUCAACCUCCACAAUGGGAUGGUUGCAAACUCAGUUCGUAUAAUACGGCUUAGGGUCCAUUCUCAAAUCUCUGACGACAAAAUUCGGAGAAAGUGAGCGGAACGGAGAGAAAUACGGUGGAUAAAACAAAGGGUCUGCAAAAAGGAUUGGGAUUUUUAGCAGUACUGUAAUGAAUCAUCUUUUAGCAGUACGGUAAUCAUCAAAAACAAUUUUUGUUUUGAGAUUUCUUUGUUGAUUUUUUUGAGGAAAAAAUUUCCAGGCAUUUUUUGAAAAUACUAAUAAAAAGAGUCCAUUUUUUAUUAAAAAUAAACUUAAUAUUUCAUUUUCAGACAAACCAAAACGCCGAGAAAAAGAUUCCAAAAAACAACGUCGAAAUCGCACUACUUUUACAACUUUCCAACUUCAUGAACUUGAACGAGCCUUUGAGAAAUGCCACUAUCCCGAUGUGUACGCAAGAGAGCAACUAGCGGGGAAAAUCAAAUUGGCAGAAGUUAGAGUUCAGGUAAGCGAUUUAUCAUUGGAUUUAAAUAUAUCAAUAGUAAUAAGUGCGACGAGCAGAUUUUCUUUAAUUUUUGCAUACAAUUUGGGGAUAGGUCGAAUAUCAAUUCCUAAAAAUUUUAGCUCGCGCUUUGUAGAAACAGCCGAGAUAUUGAACAAUCUCUGCCGACGAAAGAGUACGCAAAACGCGGAGAGCGGUCAGAGAAAAGAAAAUUGUUGGCCAUAUCCUUGCCAGUUUCGUAUUAAAAAAAUGAUUUUUUCUUGGAAAUAUUACCCUCUACGGUAGAAAUAGCCGUGAAACUUUUCGUCCCAAAUUUCGCAAAAAAUGUCACAUUUUUUCCCACUUUUCGGCCCAAAAAUCUCGGUUGUUUCUACAAAGCGCGAGGAGAAAACUCCCUCAAAAAAUUCAAAAAAUCCCCCUUUUUUCUGAACCUACAAUAUUUUCCCACACCCAUCUCCAAUAUUCCGAGUAGCCAAUUAAAAUCAAAAAAAAAUUUUUUUCGCAAAUUCUUUUUGGGCCAUUAGACUGGCCAUUGAUUAUUGGCCAUAUGUUUAAUAAAACGAUGCUCCAAUUCUUCGCAUAAGUUUUGACGCGAUAAUGGGAUUGGCGAAUGGGCCAAGGUGUCGGUCAACAUGGUAUGUUGGGCUUGGAAAUGCGGGAAAUUACGGUAGAAAAAAAAAAGAAAAAAAUGCAAAAAAUUUAGUGAAAAAAUGGUUCAAAACAAAAAAUAAAUAUUUUUUAGAAAUUUGUAGACCAUUCGGGGGCCAAAACACAGCUGUUUCUGCAUAACGCGGCCCAAAAAAAAUUGGUAAAAAACUCGAUUUUUUUUCAUUUUUUUUUAAUUUCUUUGCAGCUAAUAUACUAUACACUAAUUAUUUUUAUGAACCCGGAUUUUGGCCUCAACUAGUUAACUAUUUCAUAAUUAAAAAUAAAUUUUAAUUUUCCCGGAAUUUCCCUCCAAAAAUCGCUUAUUCCCCGCAUAUUUACUGUUUACAGUCGCGAGCCACUUACCCUUUUAAUAAAUUAUCGCCAACCUCACGCAAAAACGGUUGAUAAUCCCGACCGCAAUUAGGAUUACAUCCUCAUUACUAUUAAUAACAGUUUAUUUACAUUCGCUAAUUAAUUUAUCCCUGUGUUAAUUAAUUGUCUAAUGCGUCAAGUGUUUGUGUGUUUUUUGGGGUUAGGAAAGGGGUGUUUAAUUAUCUCGAAGUUUUGAUUGGACUGUAAGGAUAAUGAAAUUGCUAUGGUUAGGGUUACUGUAUUAUGAAUGUUUGUGUGGUAAUUUUUGCGUUUGGGUACGGAAAGGUCCACAAAAAAAAGACUUUUUUAACAAUCAUAUCAGAGCGACCUGGAAGGGUGUGUAGGGUAAUUGACCGUGCUGAUUUAUCAGCCUGUAACGAAAAGUUACAGGCUGAAAGUGAGGAUUUUAGCUCUUUCUGGAGGACUACCCAUCAGAAAAAAAUGCUGCAGUGAGGGACCUGAAUCAGUGGCAAAAAACGUACCAUUUUGCAUCCGGGAAGUAUCAAAAAAUGUGGCAAAAUACCUCCCUCUCCAAGUGAGAAAACUUCACAUGACUUUUCCAUCAGCCUGUCGGGAAAAUAAUGAGCUCUCGGUCGCAUCGAAAAGCGCAUCGCCGCCGGGGACAUGAAUUGCGUCGCGGCAAAAUCAAAUUGCUUUCUACUUUAGCUUUAAAUAUUUUUUAUUUAUUCGUCAAAAAAAGUUCUGUAAUUACUAAUGUUUUGAGCUUUAUGUACAAAGAUGAGGAGUGCUUUUAUAGAAAAAUUUUCACUGCAUUACAGUACUAUUCAAGAAAAACAAUAAAAGAUCAGGCAGAAUGUUUUCGCACUGUGCGGGUCGCAGUGAACCGUGAAUUUCAUUCGUCGCCGUUUGAAUAAUUGCGACAAGUUAUUUUGUUCGUCUAUACUGUAUUUCAGUCUGUCGGAAAAAUAACGGCGGAUCGUCGCAUCAAAAUGUCUCGCCUCGCCGCUAUCGCGCACCAAAUCCCAAGCUGCGGCUUGCAGUCGCAAAGCGAUGAUGGGCGAUUCCGAGGCGUGACGAUCCGCCGUUAUUUUCCCGACAGACUGAUAGAAACGUCAAGACUUUUUCGCCCACCUAUCAGCCUUUCGGGAAAAUAAUGAGCAGGCUGUAGCAUCGAAACUCGCAUCGCCGCCGAGAAAAUGAACUGCGUCGCUGCAAAAUCAAAUUGCCUUUUCAUUUCUGCGACACAAUAGGCGCAGCGACAUUGUGAUCAUUAUUUUCCCGACAUACUCAUCGUACAAAACUUUGAGAUUUUUUUGAAUUUCAAAACCCCCGAUUUUGACUGACGCCAACUCCCCCACACUAAAAGGUUAUUCUCAAAAUAUUUUCUGCCAUUUCUGUUGAAUGAUGUGAUUUUUCAUUCAAAAACAAGUUCAAAUUAGGCAGGAUUACAAGCUUUAAUUAGCCCAAAACCAUCAAACAAAAUUACAGUAAGCCCGUUCCAGGCAUUUGUCAUCCCCCAAUAAGAUUAUCAGCCAUCUGCAGAGAGUUUGUAAUGUAAAUCCAUUCCCGGAAUCGGAAUUCCCACGCAAAAAUUUUGGAAAACACCGAAAAAUGCAAAGAAAAUCUGCGAAAGGAUCAACUUUCUGGCAAAAGCGAUAGUUUUAGUCGUAUUAUCCACAUUGUAAAGCGCUGCAUGCGACUCUCGGGGCUACGGUGGGAUAAUCCGCACGUCAAAACAAGUCAAAUCCUUUCGAGUUUUACAUAUGUCAUAUAAAAUUCGAAUGUAGGGUAGACUUCCUGCCGAGGACGUCAUUGGCAUUUCGGGGGGACUUGAACUUCAGCGUGGAGUGAUGUGAAUGUUAAAGUUUGAUGGGUUUGCGAAAUUGACGAUUUUUGGUUGGGAACUGUGUUGUGAGGCAUUGGUAUGGAUGGGGCUUUGCGAUACAACAAAUAAUUAUCAGAUUGUCGGGAAAAUAAUGUGGAUUUGUCGCAGCGAAAAGAAAAUCUCUUUCUUUUGUGGAAUAUCGGACCUACAGUGAGCCUUUUCCAGUGGCAAAAAACGUACCAUUUUGCAUCCGGGAAGUAUCAAAAAAUGUAGCAAAAUACCUCCCUUUCCAAGUGAAAAACUCCAAUUUCAAAAACGCGCCCGCUCUUUUUGUGAGGGAAAGGGCGCGCCCUUCAAAACGAAGUUUUUUCACUUGGAGAGGGAAGAAUUUUGCCGUAUUUUUUGAUGCUUCCCGGAUGCAAAAUGGUGCGUUUUUUGCCACUGGAUCGGGUCCGUCACUGUAGGUGUCUCGCAUAUCUUGGAAAAAGUUGUUAAAAAAGUUGUGUCAAGUAGCGUCGCACUUGGGGUACUUCCCCUGUUAGUGCACUCACUAAAAUUGUAAGUUCUAAAUUAUUUUACUCCAUUGCACUUUUAGAAAUUUCGGAUAUAAUCCCUGACAACUUAAAUUACUCUCUUCCCCAACCUUUGACCAUAAUCGCAAUUUGUCACAUAGACGGCUCGCAAAUCCCUCGGGGAUUUACUGUAAUUCUAGGCUUCUUACAAUUAAUUUCCGAGAUUAAUCACAGGGAUGAUAAUGACUUAUCCCCCAGCCGGCUUUAACCCCCUCAAAAAUGCUUUGUUCUGGCUGAAAUUAAUCACGACUUUUAAUGAGGCCACGCUCUACGGUAAUUGGGAAACGUCUCGAAAAUUCAAUUUUCCGCCAGGUCUGGAGAUUACCUUGAAGUUCAGAGUUCUUGGCCGCGGAAAUUGGGAUUAAUUGGGUUUAAGAUUAAAGUUUGGAGUUUAGGAUGAGGAAGACAGCGAAAGGUUAGGGUAGAAUAAACGAUGACAUAUCAGACAUGACCGGCUAACGUAUUUUACAAACUCAGCUUCUACUCUAGAGCAAAAAAUAAUCUAAAAGCGGCAAAAAACGAAUUUAAAGAUCUAAAAACUUCUCAAUGCGCCACUCUACAUUUUUUUUCAAAUCUUAGGGUUUCUCUGUAAUUUCCCUCCUUUUCAGGUGUGGUUUCAAAACCGUCGAGCGAAAUGGCGAAGACAGGAGCGAAUGGAAACUUCAUCCUUGGGCGAGCUUCCCGCAGGCCUCCGCACCAAUCCCAACUUGAUCCCCAGUUGGCCAUGGACAACGGGAAACCCCAACGAGGACUUUGCGCAGAGCUUUAGGUAAGCGAGAAAUACAUUAUACAGAAAAACCUACUAUGUAAUGAAAUUCUAGGAAAAAAAUAAUUUGCUUUGUUAUAGAAAGGCUUUGUUAAAGGGAGGUUCAUUUUAGCCUAAAAUGUCCUCGUAUCUCUGAGAUCGUUUGUAAUUGACCGGCCUUGUUGUAAGCCUAUUUCUAUCAGUCUGUCAGGAAAUAAUGAGCACAAUGUCGCCGCGUCAAUCGCGUCGCUGAAGCGAAAAACAAUUUGAUCUUGUCGCGACACAAUUUUUUUAUCAUUUUCUCACCAGCGAUGCGAUUUUCGAUGCGACAUAGUGAUCAAUGUUUUCCCGACAGACUGAUAAAACGGCCUUCCAUCAACAAGACCCGUCUAUAGCAAACGAUUUCAGAGAUCAUAUGAGACAUUUUUAGGCCAAAAAGAACCUACACACAACAAAAUCUUUCUAUUACAAACAAAUUUUCUGAUAUCUAGCAAUUCACUGUACAGAGAUCCUGAUCUAUUAGGACGUCAUUUAGAUGGUUAUAUCCCCAGUUUUACCUCAAUUCCCAUUCCAGUUACCCCAGCUUCAACGAGCAAUCCAAAUUCAUGCAUAAUAUGCAAAUGCCGGCCAACGGGGCCACCUUGCCACUCCCAUACCUCCCCUACUUUUCGCAGUCCAACCCAUCCUUCCCGACGCAUCUGAAGCCCGACAACGCCAAGCAUCCGGAGCUCGGCCUGCCCAAGGAUUCGCUGCAAGUCCCGGUGGACACGCGUGUUCAUACGCCCCACUCGCCCGUCGAUCACGCGCCCAACUACCCGAUGAGCAACAACAACAUGGGAAAUGGCCAAGCCUCGCCAAGGCCGGAUGGGUUGACUCCGUUCUAUGGGUAUUUGAAUCAAUAUCCGGGACAUGUGUCGCCGCAGCCCCAGCCACCGCAGCAGGUAGGGAGGGGUCUCACAGUCAAGCUUCAGGUGUAUCAGUCUGUCGGGAAAAUAAUGUGGAUUUGUCGCUGAAACGUUUCUCGCGUUGUCGCAGUCUCGCACCAAAUCCCCAGCCGCAUCCAGUCAUCACGCAGCGAUGAUGCGCAAUUUCAAGACGAGACAAAUGCACAUUAUUUUCCCGACAGACUGAUAAAAAAAUAUUGUAGUGUCCCAAGAAGAACAAAAAUCAUGAUAAAUUUUCUUUGUCGUAUUUGCAUAAAGUGAGUAGACUUUACGUUGCGAGAUAAAAAUUGCACGGUGCAAGCCCGAAUUUGCAAUUUUGUGCUUUGAUUUUUUGCACCGUGCAUCACAAAUAUCGCCGAGACGUAACCUGUAUCCAGCUACGUCGCUGCGGUUUUGCCGAAACAUUCGCACAGUGCAAAUCGCUUUUUCUAGUUUGCACUGUGCGAAAAACGGCAAAAUGCACGGUGCGGCGAUAAAUAGAGGAAAAAGGCAAAAUUCACUGUGCGGUCGCGGGAAAAAGGCGAAAAAAUGUCUACGAACUUUGUGAAAAUACUAAUAUCAGUCUGUCGGGAAAAUAAUGAGCACUAUGUCGAAUCGAAAAUCGCAUCACCGCCGAGAAAAUGAAUUGUGUUGCGACAAAAUCAAAUUGCUUUCCAGCGACGCGGUUGACGUAGCCACAGAGCGAUCACUAUUUUCGCGACAGGCUGAUAGUAAACUCUUUACACAAAAAAAUUUAAUUUUAAAAUACGGCAUGUUUUAAUGCAGUGUUUUUUCAGCAGCACCCAACAACGCCAGUGCCGGAAAUGCAACAGCAACAGCAAAUGUUCGCGCAGCAAAACAUGCUCAACAAGUUUCAAUUCGAAGACUUUGAAGGCCAAAAGUUGGCGGCCCGCCAACUGGAAGAGCUGCUGGGCGUCGACCUGAACGCCGAACAGACGGCCGCCGCGGCCAAGGAAUUCGUGUUGACCGAGACCUCCGACCAGUGUGCAUUUUGA